UGUGCGCCACCACACCCGGCUCAUUAUUUAUAUUUAAAAUGUACCGAUAAAAUUCAAAAAUGCAAAAAAAGUCUGUACAACAACUCUUGGAUCACACUAUAUAUUCAAUGAAGGCUAGUUAUCAUAAAUGGGUUUUUUGUAUUUUUUUAAAAAGAAUAAUAAAAAAACAAUACCAUAAAUGCUUUGAGUUGUACAUUAUCUAUAUUUUUUGUCAGCCAAUAUUUUAUAAUUUUACAAAGUUAUAGAAAAACUCGUUUCAAGAACCGUUAGCAGAUUCUUCAGAUUUUUAGGACCUAAUUUAAAUUCAACUCUUUAGCUGAAUUUAAAUACUGUUCUGUGUUUUGGGUUUUCCCAGUUCAUGAAGAUGUAAACCAGAUGUUUGAAGAUCAGACUGGGAGCAUAUAUGUAAAAUAUUUUUCUAAAAUACAAAACAUAUAUUAUUACAGUAUUAUUCUGAAGCUACAACUCCCAAAAUUGCAGUCCCGAAAAUGGUGAUAUGAAGUAUUAGGCUUAUUUAAAUACCUACAACAUUCAUAACAAUGGAAGAAACAUAUUUUUUAAAAAUUGAAGCCACCCUUGCUUUUGACCCAAGUUGGGCAUUUUCUGGGGCAGUGCUUGAAAAACAUGAUCCAACUUUCAUCCAGUUGUUUCUAAAGAACUUCAACAGGCUACAGCACUUGCAAACCACAGUACCUAUUAUUUAAUGUCAGCCGUACUUUAACAAAUUCAUCCCCGCUCCGCAGUGGGACGUUUAGCCUAGGUACCAAAUUCGAAAAACAGACACCAGCUCUCCGCGUACCUCAUACAAAAGAGAAGCGCGCAACCUGCAGCCUUUGAGGAUGCUCUGCACACCAGGAUGUGAUGUGCGGGCACGCAUGUAAUCCCAGCACUCAGGAGGCUGAUGCAGGAGGAUUGCUGCGAGUUCGAGGCCAGCCUGGGCUAUACAUAGCGAGGUCAAGGGCUAAACCGAAUAUCGAGACCCUGUCUCAAUCAAUCAAUCAAUCAAUCAAUCAGGAAAAAAAAAGAGGGUAGGCAGGGAACGAUGGGUUAGAACCGAAUGCUGCAACCUGCAAAAUGCGAACUUCCCGGCAGACCGAUAGCGGGACUGUGCGGUUUCCCUCCUGGUCUCGCUCGCCACUCCCAAGGCCACCUGGGGGCCACCGAGUGCGGCGGGCAGAGUCGGGCGAAGGUAAAUCAAGAAACAGAGGCGGCGGCUGCGUGACCUGGGCCUGGGGUAGGAGACCGGGAACAAAGAGGUCGCGAAGUCUCCACAGCCAAGGCAAAGAAGCAGAUUCCCGGACUCUACUCCGGUCUCAUAGGGUCACCAAAUCUACCAAGCAACACACAAGAAACGGUAUUCUAAACUACAGCCUGGGCGGCUGCGGUCCCACGAAGUUCGACAACAACCAGCAGAACCGCUACCGAAACACCGCCGCGCUCCUUAGCAGCGACGCCUCAACCGAGCUGUUCUUUUCUUUGGUCCCGCCCCACUGCUUAGCGUAGAUUGGUGGAGGGUAGCAGCGCGGCCGCUGAUUGGGGGGCGGCGGAUCGCUCCUGGAGACUGUGGCGUUCGGUUGCUCCGUAGUGCUAAAUUUAUCUCCAGACCAGGACCUCGCCACCCGCGAAUCGGAGCUCUAUGGAGGUGGCUUAGGCGAUGCCCCUGAGCUGAGAGCAUCACCCUGUCCCCGCAUCAUUCUUUCCUCUGUUUUGUUUUUCACCCCCUCUCCCUUCUUCCUCCUUCCAGUCUGCGACGACUGGCUCUUCACCCUGCUCAGGCCUCGGUGAAGGUGAGGAGCAGAGCCGCCACCGCGGCUAAGCGGCGCUCUCCGAAAUGGCCGCUGCCUCCAGCUGUCUAAAAUGGCGGUCACGGGCUCCGCUGGGGGCCGCGGCGCUGCUGGGCAGCCCAGCCGCGGCCAGGACCGCUCUGUCCGUAGCUGAUGGAGAGGAAGCAGGAAGGUGUUGGGUGCUGAGUUGGUUUCCUGUGGUCCUUAGCGAAGGCGACCGCCGGGGGACGCGAGAGGAGCCCCGAAGCAGGCUGGGCUGCGGCCGGAAGCCAGCCCGGAGGUGGCGGUCUGUGGGCCGCCCGCACCUGCGAGAGGGAGGAGCUGAGGGGUGGCGGGUCCGGGCCGCAGUUCGAAGUGGCCCUGGAGAGGAGCACUGAGGUGUGGCAGGGCUGCCCGCGCCUGUGAUGAUUGGCUGCGCUCGGACCCUGCCCUUCUGCCCCGAGAGCGGUUGUCCUCACCUGGAGCCGUGCGCGGGCGGAGAAGGCGGGAAGGAUCGAGGGACCUGUCAGUUUAACGGGAAGGAGAGAGGGAAGAUGAGUGUUUUUCCCUCUUGGCGGAGUGGAACGGAAAGUUCGCUCAAGGGAAUAAAUACCGAUCACUUGUCCCCAAGAGAUUCGGGUCACACUUCUCAAGAUGUGGCCCUCCUCGGGAAAACGAAGCUUCUACGCUUCUGUCCUCUGACAGCAAGAGAGAAGAAUCCUAAUCCUUUAGGCUUCUGGUUACUCCCCUUCCCAGCCCAUCCCUUAAUUUUAUUCUUUUGAAGAGUCUGCAUUUCAAGCUGCCAAAGUGAACAGUGUGAUUGCAGAAGGGGAGUACUCCUCAUUUCAGGUAUCUUACCCUGUUUUACCUAUUAACAAAAGAACCAUCUUGAUUGAGGAUCUAACAUGAGUGUAGCAAUCUUACUCUGUAGUCAGAGGUAAAAGUCUGAGUCAAAUAUAGCUAUAGUUGUUUAGAUAAUUUAUCUCUAAUGUAAAAAAACUUAACCUAUAAAAUAUAGUAUUUAUUAGAGAUUUUUGAGCUUGUGUUACUGUUUUUAUUGUGCUUUUUAUUAUAUCAGGGAGAAAACUUUAAAAAUAAGAAUUUAGAUUUUCUUAAGGUCCCAGUUAAGUCUUCAUAUAGUGUAACAGAAUGCAAAGUAAUUAAUAAAAAUAUACAUUACUUUAAAUCUUAAUUAAAAUAAUGUAAGCAUAUGUAAUUUUUAAGUCCAGAGUAACUUUUGGUCUAUAGUUCAUUCUUUAUUAUUAACAUAUAAUAUUUAGGAUACAAUAGAAUUCCGCCUUGUAGCACUUGGACCUUUGUGUGUUUUUAGUAUAGGUUAUUAGAAUUGUUGCCAUCUGUGAAGGGAGACUUAAGCUAUAUAAUAGUAUCAAUACUUAAUACAUCGAAUGGCAGUAGGCACCAAAAAGCUCAGAGUUUCCAAGUUUCCAUCUCAUUACAUGAGAUGAGAUUGGCAAGUUAUGAUAUGUACUGUUUGUAUGCAUAGGGUUUUAUUGGAACACAGCCACAGCCAUUCUUUUAGCCUUCAUUUAUGGCUGCUGUAAUGCUAUAGCUACAGAUUUCAGUAGGGCAACUAAGACUGUUAUCGCCCACAAAGCCAACUAUGCAGCCCUUUGUAAAAUGUUUGCCAGCCCUUGCCACGGGGUAUAGUCCUAAAUACGUUAUUUCCCUAAAAUGUUUAUCAACUCUUUGUUAUUUCUUAGCCUAAUGGUUCCCAGCUUUUUUAUAAAAUGUUAAUACUCUAAGUGAAUAAGUGUUUUGAGAAAAAAACUGACGCUGAUAAUAGUGUUUCUAUAUUGUUUAUUUAAAUAUAAGUUUAAGACUACUAAACUCAUUUCUAUAGCUUUUAUUUUUAUGUGAUAAUCUACCUUUAAGAGAGGUGUGCCAUACCUGAGAGCACCAGCAAGUCGCAUGAGAGAUCACCUGAUAAACGAACGUGUGAUGUUCCAUCUGCGCAUUGAUGCAUAGGCAGCACUUACAGAUUAAGUGAUGUAUUAUUAUAUAUCAUCUCUCAUCUUUUUGUAUCCUGUCUAAUAAUUUCAACAUAUUUGUAAUACUCAAUCUUUAUUCUAAAUUAACCAUGUUUUGUACCACAACCUCUUUACCCAUGGAUCUUUUGCUGAAGCAAGGAAGUCUUAAACAAGAAGUAGAAUCUUUUUGUUACCAAAUUGUAUCUGAAUCAAAUGAUCAAAAAGUUGGAAUAUUACAAAGUGAAGAUGAACAGCUGCAGCCAUCAGUUUCUAAAAAAUCAGAAGGUGAGCUUUCCAGGGUCAAAUUUAUGUCUGGAUCCAAUAAAAUGACAACAUUUAGUAAGAAACCAAAGAGGAGAAAAUAUGAUGAAAGUUAUUUGUCUUUUGGAUUUACUUAUUUUGGAAAUAGAGAUGCACCUCAUGCUCAGUGUGUAUUAUGUAAGAAAAUCUUAUCAAAUAGCUCUUUAGCCCCAAGUAAGCUACGAAGACAUUUGGAAACUAAACAUGCUGCGUAUAAAGACAAAGACAUUAGCUUUUUCAAGCAGCAUCUUGAUUCACCUGAAAAUAAUAAACCCCCAACACCUAAAAUUGUCAAUACAGAUAAUGAAAGUGCUACAGAGGCAUCAUACAAUGUGAGUUACCAUAUAGCCCUGAGUGGAGAGGCUCACACUAUUGGAGAAUUGCUUAUCAAACCUUGUGCAAAAGAUGUAGUGAUGCGGAUGUUUGAUGAACAAUAUAGUAAGAAGAUAGAUGCAGUACAACUUUCAAACAGUACGGUUGCACGUCGAAUUAAGGAUCUAGCUGCUGACAUUGAGGAAGAGCUUGUUUGUAGACUAAAAGUAUGUGAUGGGUUUUCACUACAGCUAGAUGAAUCAGCUGAUGUUUCAGGACUUGCUGUGCUGCUUGUGUUUAUUCGUUACAGGUUUAAUAAAUCUAUUGAGGAAGACCUACUCUUAUGUGAAUCUUUGCAAAGUAAUGCUACAGGUGAAGAAAUAUUCAAUUGCAUCAACAGUUUUAUGCAGAAACAUGAAAUUGAAUGGGAAAAAUGUGUUGAUGUUUGUAGUGAUGCUUCUAGGGCAACAGAUGGGAAAAUUGCUGAGGCUGUCACCUUGAUAAAAUAUGUGGCCCCUGAAAGCACCAACAGUCACUGCCUAUUAUAUCGACAUGCACUAGCAGUUAAAAUAAUGCCUACAUCCCUUAAAAGUGUGCUAGAUCAAGCAGUACAAAUCAUCAAUUAUAUUAAAGCUCGACCACAUCAAUCGAGACUACUAAAAAUUUUAUGUGAAGAAAUGGGUGCUCAGCACACAGCACUUCUUCUAAAUACAGAGGUAAGGUGGCUUACCCGAGGUAAAGUUCUUGUAAGACUUUUUGAACUUCGGCGUGAAUUACUGGUUUUUAUGGAUUCUGCUUUUCGACUAUCUGAUUGUUUAACAAAUUCAUCUUGGCUGCUAAGACUUGCAUAUCUUGCUGAUAUUUUUACUAAAUUAAAUGAGGUUAAUCUGUCGAUGCAAGGGAAAAAUGUAACAGUUUUUACAGUGUUUGAUAAAAUGUCAUCAUUGUUAAGAAAAUUGGAAUUUUGGGCUUCAUCUGUAGAAGAAGAAAACUUUGAUUGUUUUCCUACACUCAGUGACUUUUUGACUGAAAUUAAUUCUACAGUUGAUAAAGAUAUUUGCAGUGCCAUUGUGCAACACUUAAGGGGUUUGCGCUCUACCCUUCUAAAAUACUUUCCUGUAACAAAUGACAGUAAUGCUUGGGUUAGAAAUCCAUUUACAGUAACUGUUAAACCAGCCUCUUUAGUAGCACGGGAUUAUGAGAGCCUGAUUGACUUAACAUCUGAUUCUCAAGUGAAACAAAAUUUCAGUGAACUUUCACUAAAUGAUUUUUGGAGUAGCCUAAUUCAAGAGUACCCAGGUAUUGCAAGGCGUGCAGUUCGUGUGCUUCUUCCUUUUGCUACAAUGCACUUGUGUGAAACAGGAUUUUCAUAUUAUGCUGCAACUAAAACAAAAUAUAGGAAAAGACUUGAUGCUGCACCUCAUAUGCGGAUCCGUCUUAGUAACAUUACACCUAAUAUUAAACGGAUAUGCGAUAAAAAGACACAAAAACACUGUUCUCAUUAAAAUUGGAGAGUUUUGCAUGUCUUGAUAACCAAAUGUAAGUGAAAAUAAAAGACAAUUUACUUCAUUUCUAGUAUUUGGGGUUUUAAAUAAAAUGAUUCCAAUUUUUUAGUAUUUUGAUUUUUAAGAAAGCUAAAGAAUCAAAAAUUUCAAUGUUUUUGGCAUUUCUUUACUUGUAAUUUUCACAGGGUUUCAUAGUCGUAACUGAGGAAUGAUGAGCCACAAAAUAAAAUUCAGUUCUUAGCAUAA